UUGCCAAUUAAAAAAUAAUAAAUGCUGCCUUAAUGGCAACUAAAAAAAAUAAUGUAGUUCGUUUGCCGUCUGUGGCAGAAGAAGGCACAAACCGCACGUCAGAAGGAGAAGAUAACGAUGGGAGUGAAAUUAACGCUGGUUCCUCUCGAGUCCUCUCUGCAGCCACCUCUAGAGAAGAAGAUGAUGACUCCAGUAAUAAUGCAAGCAGCGAAAGCAAGAGUCCUGGCCAGAGGCGACCGAUCAUUGCAUCGAGUUCGUCAAGCUCUCGCAAGUCCAUGCAGGACACUGAGAGGGCGGAGUCAGACACAGACAAACGCGGCCAUAAAUGGAGACACGUCCAAGCUGUCAUGGCAUACUACCAGGCACUCAGGAAAAUAAAGAGAACAAAAUCGAACCAAAGAUGGAUGAAGUUGCGAACGACAGUGCAGCUCAGUUCAGCUAUACAGAAGAAACCGCCGUUGAAGAGAGAAGACUCUUUUUUAAAGAGAUUUUCCACUAGACAGACACCGCUAACACAAGAAACUGUAGAAGACACAGGAUCAGAAGGCGCCACAGGAGACCACAGAUCUACGAACAGACAAAGAAGACGAAAGAUCAGAGCACCGCGCACCGUUGUCAACCCUGACGAGAACUUCUUCUUCUACUGGCUCUGGUUAAUCACCAUCUUUGUGCUGUACAACCUUUGGACCCUCAUCGUGAGACAGAGCUUCCCUGAAUUACAGAUAAUGUGCCAUCAUUUCUGGUUGACGUGUGACGGCAUCAGCGACGUGGUCUUCGCUCUGGAUCUCGUCGUGCAAUUCCGAACUGGUUACCUGGAGCAAGGACUGAUGGUUUACGAUUCCAAGAAACUAGCGAAACAUUACAUAAAGUCGCGGAAUUUUCUUUUGGACAUCGUUUCGCUGGCACCCCUAGACUUACUGCAACUACAUAUUGGCACCAACCCUAUCAUCCGCUUUCCUAGAUUUUGUAAGGUUUACAGAGCAGUAGACUUCUACUACAUAGUGGAGUCGAGGACAGUGUACCCCAACUUCUGGCGCGUCAUCAACCUGAUACACAUACUUCUCAUCCUAGCGCACUGGUUCGGCUGCUUCUACUUCUUGCUGUCCGAAGCUGAGGGGUUCCAGGGCGACUGGGUGUACCCCCACCGGCCUGGUGACUAUGCGACCCUGACGAGAAAGUACCUGGGCUCCCUCUAUUGGUCGACCCUCACUCUCACCACCAUCGGGGACCUGCCAACUCCAGAGACCAACGCCGACACCCAAGGAGGCCCCAAAUUUCUGCCGCGCCGCGGGCUCAAAUCCCGCCUGCUGCAGUUCAGGUCCAAUCGAGGGUACGUAUUCACAAUAGUGAGCUAUUUGAUUGGCGUGUUCAUAUUCGCCACUAUAGUGGGGCAGGUCGGCAAUGUUAUCACAAAUAGGAACGCGAACAGACUCGAGUUCGAGAGACUUCUAGACGGCGCCAAAACUUACAUGAGACAUCAUAAGGUGCCAGGUGGUAUGAAACGGCGUGUGCUGCGAUGGUACGAUUACUCUUGGUCCCGGGGUCGGAUUCAAGGGGGCGGGGACAUAAAUACAGCCUUGGGCUUGCUCCCGGAUAAACUGAAGACAGAACUUGCUUUGCACGUCAAUUUGAGUGUUCUGAAGAAGGUAACAAUAUUCCAAGAGUGCCAACCAGAGUUCCUUCACGACCUCGUUUUGAAAAUGAAAGCAUACAUAUUCACUCCCGGAGAUUCCAUUUGUAGAAAAGGUGAAGUGGCUCGUGAAAUGUUUAUUAUAGCAGAUGGCAUAUUAGAAGUAAUAUCAGAACAAGGGAGAGUACUCACUACUAUGAAGGCAGGAGACUUCUUCGGAGAAAUUGGAAUACUAAACCUCGACGGAUUGAACAAACGAACUGCAGACGUCCGAUCAGUCGGCUAUUCCGAAUUAUUCUCCUUAUCUCGCGAAGAUGUGCUCGCAGCUAUGAAGGACUAUCCCGAAGCCCAGGAAAUCCUACAAACCCUAGGAAGAAAACGCCUACAAGAAGCUAAAAAUAUGUCCAAAAAAUGCAAAGGACGCAAGCCCAGACAAGAUGCUAAAACAAUAACGAAGAAUUUAAAAGGCGAAAUAAGUCCCGACAAGAUGUCUGGCGACGACAGUACAUCUAAAAGGAUCGUACACAAGCUUCGGAGCGACGUUAAGGGCAUUCGCAAUGCAAUCCGAAGCAGAUCUCGCGCUGGACGUAGAUCUGGAGAGUCAUUAGAACUACAAGCGUUAGCUGGAGCUGAGAGGGCUGGCACUGCAGAAGGAAAGGUUCUAAGAAGAAUGCCAAGAGUCGAAAGUGAUGAUUCGGCUCAUCCGCAUAAUCAAGAUGAUAACAAUGGAGAAACAACAUCUGGUAGCAAAGAUGGUGAGAAAUGUAUAUCACCAAUAGGAGCAGGUCUUCCAUUACUAUCACGAUUAAAACUACUUAAAGAAAAACAGGAUCGUGAAGAAAAAGUAGCCAAACAAAGGCAUUCUACCUCUUCAGUUUUAUCUUUGACACCACAACCAACUCCUUCGACUAGUUCAGCACCAGAUGCUGAACCAGAAGUAAUUGGAGCUGGCCUUCCUUUGAUACAAAGAUUGCUCUUACUUAAAGCAAAAGAGGAAAGAGACAAGAACCAACUUACUCCCACUAUGAGCAAUCAGCCCUCCAGUUCCGACACUAUUAGCCCCACUUCUAUCAAAAGUCCAUUGAGUCCCACAAUAAAGACUCUUAGUCCAAUCAGAAAAGGUUCAGAAUCCAGCUCCCCGGGCAAACUUCAAAGCCCAACCACGAAAACAUCCAGGAAAAAUUCUUCUGGAUCAAGUGAUGGAACAUCUCGACCCAAAGUUAGUUUUAGAGAUAAAAUAUUACAAGUUCAGAGCGAUGGUACAGCUGUAUGUCAACCAUUAAAUAAAGAUACCAGCGAAAAGCCUGCUGCCGUCGUAGAACCUACACCAAAAACAGAAAGCAACUUAAUUUCAAUACCACACUCCGUUGUCAGUAAAAUUAAAUCCCCAGCAAAAGCUGUAGGUACUACGUUUCGAGAUAAAUUGAAACUAUUACAAAGUGGACCAAAGGACACUGAUAAUGCAUCAACAGAAAAGGCUAAAUCAGCUUCAUUAGAAAAAGCACCAGUAGAGAUAAGUCCGUUACCAACAACUGAGGCCAAAGAAGAACCAAAAAGUAAAAAGCCUUGGACUAAACUUAAGAAGGCAGCUAUACUAGGAGAAUCAAAAAGCCAAAGCAAAAGUAGUUUAGAUGAAAAGAAAGAUGAAAGUAUAAAUACGAGUAGUGAGAAAAAAGAUGAAGGUAUAGCGGAGGCAGUUGUAAAUAUAUGUGUGCCUAUAGUAACCACAGCGGAGCUUGUUAAAAUAGACAAUAAUAAUGUUGAAGUUGCUAGUGAUAAUGAUAAAGAUAAACCUAAGCUUUGCUUAACAGGCCCUUUGGAACCCGUCCAAGAGAAAUCAUUAGAUUUAUUAACUUUAUCUCCCAAGAAAAAUGUUAAUAACGUUACAAAGCCAGCUGAAACUAAGACACAUAUGUCACCGGGAAUGUUGUUACCCAAAGUUAAAAAAUAUAGGUCAAUAGAUGAUUUAUCGCCAGAGUACGGUGGACUACCAUUCGUCAAAAAGCUAAAAAUCUUAAAUGAACGACAGAAAUUAGCAGAACUAGAAAAAGUUGUGAAAAUUAGAAGUUCUAGUUUAGAUUGCACUAGUUCGUCUGAAGAUUUGCUUUGUGAUACGUUAACUAGAAGUCAUUCUGAAGGUAGCACUAUGGAUAAAAGAAAAUUCAAGCGGAAAUCUAUCGAUUCAUGUCGAAGUCAUGAGUCUAACGAAACUUUAGAACGAAGAGAAUUGAAGUCUAUUUUAAAGAAGCUGUCUGAAGAUGUCACUCCGGCUGAAAGUCCUGAGCGUAGUAAUGAGUUAAAGAGAUUAAUUCGUGCUCCGACUUUGGAAGGAUACGCGGCAAGACAUUCAAAGUUUGCCAAGAGUGUUACGUUCCAUCGUCACACAUUACCCUCGCCGCCUGGAAGUGCUCCAGCUGAUUAUCAAAAUGAUGAUGUUUUCACGAUGCCAGAAGUGAAUAUCAGUUCGAUGCCCCAAAUUUCUCCACCUCCCCCGCCCGAUGUUGAAGUUACGGUACCAGAAAUGCCCAACAAUCAAAUCGCAAGAUCAGCCGAACCCAAUGCGCCGACAGACUAUGGGUUAAACAUAAGGGCUGAAUACGAACUUCAACAGAACAUUGAUCCAAUGAUAGACUUAAAAUCACUAAGACCUGAAGAAAUUAAAGUGCCUUCAGAGAAACCUAAGCUAACUUUAAUAUCAGCGGUCGCAAAUCAAAGAAAACUGUUGCGAGGUUUGUAUUCAUUAACAGGCUCCAUUGAGGAACAGGAAUAUUUUGGCGAAGUACUGUUAGGUAUCAAACAAGUUAUACAAGGACACCUACAUGAUGUCCAGGGAAAAUUUCAGGAAAGGUUCAACAGUUUAGAAAACGAGGUUCGAAAACGGGAUGAAAUAAUAAGUCAACUCCAAAAACGUAUCCAAGAGUUAGAAAAAUUAGGGCUUUCUGGUAUGAGCCCAACUGCACCACCAUCUGGAGAGGUGCCUUCAAUAGUUCCUGAGUCAGUAGAACCUACUUCUACCAGUCAGCCAAUAUCAAAAAGUGCUAGCUCGGGUAGUGAAGAUGCUUCAGCUGCCGAAGAAGGAUUUAUGAGGGGUGAUUCACUCGAUACCGUUUUCGCAACAUCACCACCAACAGCAAGCGCUGACGAGGCAGAAAGAGACAGGUCACCAGAAAACGAAACUGCUGGCGCAAAAGAAACCCUGUCUCCCGACGACCUCACUGAAGAAAACCUUAGAGAACUAACAGAAGGAAUCGAACUAUCAAAGUUAAGUUACGCAGAACUACAAAACUUAGCCGUGUCACUUUCACGAACUGAUAAGACUUCUUCGAGUAGAGAGCAAUGGACUAUCAGCAAAUCGAAGAGAUUAGAUCUAAACUUAGACGGCAAAGCUGGAACAUAUUCGAGAAAACGUGCAGCCAAAUUGAAGCAACGAAAGUCUUGGGAAGACCAAAGUGACCAAGAGAGCAUGGAGAUGCAAGACUUGACGAGGCCACUUUCUCCCCACACCACUUCAGAAGACCGGUCUCUCUUAAGCCCGGAACAGUCCAGUUUGCGCUCCAGUAGGAGACACUUCCAUUUCUUCGGAUCACAUCUUGACAACACGAAGUCGAAGAUCAAAAAAACCUUGUCGGUGGACACUGGAAUGCAUCACACUGGGAAGAAUGAAAGGAGCAUCUGUUAUUCAGAGGGCCGGUCGCGGCAGCAUCGCAAGUUCAGUUUGGGUUCCCUCUUCCACCGGACCCCAACUCAAAAACCUACGAACAACUGCAACGAUGUCGUGCUCGAUAUGGGCAGUGACUACAGCUGGAGUGAUGCAGGAUCAACGUCGUCUAGCAGUGAUUCAGAGUCAUUACCUCGUACGCCGAUGUUCGAAGAGUUUGUAGAGAACAACUCAAGGAGAGGCCGAGCCAGCAGCUCUAGUCAUGGCAGCUCGUCACCUAUUAGAGCGUUACCUGGAAGUGGGGGUGACUGGGAGGUUAUGAUGCUGGCGGAUGAACUGGAGAAGAGGGAACGAGAAAAGGAGAGAGAAGAUGCUAGGAGACACCUAUACCCAACAACGUUAAGAGACUUGGAAGAGGAAUCAGACACCCCUCAGCGAGAUGACAGUCCGGACGAGUACUCGAACAUCGAAGACUCCAACUCCUCAUCCACCACCCACCUGCUCUCCCAGUCCAUCAGUGAUGCGUCACAGCGGUCUUUGGAGACUUCCUUUACUGAACAAACCAGUAGAAUCGGGAGGGAGCCGAGGCAGAGACGUGUUGGGUCCGUGGGAGAGCCGGUACAACCCGACUCCUCCUUCCGCCAAUCGCGAGGUCUCAUCCUCCGAGCCGCGAGCUUAGACCGAGAGACCACCCCGACCACCUCCACAGGCGCGCGCCGCUUCGGCUCCCUCAAGAGUGCCAGCACUGAUUCGCACAAGAGACUCUGAUCCGCUUGGCCGAGCGGACACGCCCAGUCCGACGCCUUUCAAAGAGGUCCAAAUGAAAGUAAUGUGAUACAAGAUACGGCUCAAAAUUCUCAGGUAACUGUAAAUCAGAAUGAUUUAGGAAGGGGUAAGAAUGAUCUCAACGAGGGUAAAAGUGAUUUACAUAGGGGUAAAAGUGAUCAAAAUGGGAGUGAUCAUAAUAAAAAUAGUUUAGGUAAGGAUGGUGCACGUCAAGGAAUGGACGGAGGGAAUGGAGGCCAAAACGAUAGAGAGAUUAGAAAUAAAGAUAAUAACGAACGAGAGAAUGCGAAUCCGAACAUAUUCGAUCAGCUGACAGUCAGCGGUCAAUUACUGAUCGUCAUUAUUUUUUUUGACGAUGAAUUUGACUAUGUAAUUUUCUUAGUACUACAAUAAGUAAACUGUGUUGUGUUGAGUGAAUAUUGUAUGACUGGUUUAUACUUGGCAUUGGACAAUUUGGAAAAAAUGCUACAUUUUUCUAAAAUAGGUAUUAAUAUUAUUAUCGCAUUCUCUAAACUUCUAAACUCACAUUAAUUUGUAGAUUAUAACCAUAGUAGCAUAAUAUUGAAAAAUAAAAUGCAGAAAAAAAUUCUAUUGUUUUUUUCUAAUUCGUCUAUUGUCAAGUGUGUGUGUUAAACUAUAUUUCUAUUUCAUCUACUCUUUAUCGUAGUUCUAUCCAUCUAUCGUAAUCUAUCUAGGAAACUAAUGUAGAUAUUCUAGAUUUAGUAUAGCAUAUAGUUUAGUACCUAUAUUUGUUUAGUAUAUUAUUUUAAAUUAUAACUAUAUUCUAGUCUUG